ACCAGUGCCUCAGAACACUGGAAGAACAGAACCUGGUGCUGAAAAAUCGUGUGUCUCGCUUAUUUUCUGCUCUUAAGCAGGCAGAGCAGCUCUGUUCUGAGCACAGGAGACAAAUGCAGGAGCUCAACACCCAGAUGCAGGCCAUGCUGCUGGCAGAGAUAGAGAAGACAGCUCAGCAGGCAACUGAAGAGAAGCAGCUGAUGGAAACUGAGGUGUCUGAGCUGUGUGUGAGGCUCCAGAGCUCUGAGGAAAGAGCAGAGGCCAUGGCCACACAGUGUAAGGCCAUGGAGCUGGGGCUGAGGAAGACACAGGCUCAGAGGGACAAUCUCAGAGCCUACAAUCAGGAGCUGCUGAAACAGCUGGAGCAAAUUGAGCAAGAUUGGUGGAAGACACAACUCAAGCACAUUUCUCGAGAAAGGUCCCUGGAGAAAGAGGCCACUGAAAGACAGGAAGAGGCUGUGACUCUUCGUCAGGAGGUGGCAUCUCUGAAGAGGAAAUUGGAGAACCUGGAGAAGGAAAGGAAGGAUGUGCUGCAUGAACGGGAAUUGAACCAGCAGCAAAUGAGAGAUGUGAAAGGGAAGAAUGAAAUGUGUGCACCUGAGAUGAGAAAUCAUAAAGAAAAUACUCAAGAAUUGGAAGUGGAGAGGGAAGACAUGCAGGAAGAGUUGGAGCACGGGGCUGCUGCUUUGAAGAAAGGGAGGGAGUACACUCAAGUACUGACUGCUGCCCUGAACAAGAGUGAAAUUGCCAAAGGGUCUCUGAAGAAGCGCUUGGACAUCCUGAAGGGAGAGUCUGGUAUCCAGGGAGGCACUGGCAUUGACCUUCAGUCCACUCCAGAGUCCCUGAGCUAUUCCAGUGCUUCUUCCCAUGAAGAGCUCUCCCAGGAGCAAGAUUCGUCGAGCUGGUCUCUGGAGCAGCUGAGCCAGGACUCCUCUGAGGAAUCCUUUGGCCAAGGGCACGCACUGGCCCAGGUGUGCCGAGAGGAGGAGCUGCUGGCCCAGAAGGCUGACCUUGAGGGCCGACUGGCAGCCACGGAGUGGCUCCGACAAGACCUUUCCAGGCAGCUGGCAGAGACCAGGUCAGCAAAGGAGAGCCUGGAAUCCAGGCUGUGUGCUGCUCAGCAGCAGAUAUCUCAGCUGGAGGUGACCAGGGAACAUCUGAAGGCAGAGCUGCAAGCUGAGCUGCAGGCAGCUCGCAGUGAAGUCCAGACAGCGCAGAGGAGGCACGAGGAAGAGCUACAAGGCCUCAAAGAGGAAAUGAAUCUCCCCCUUGAGCAGAGGGAGGCUUUAGAAAAGCAGGUGGGAGAGUUGACAUCUCAGCUGGCAGCCUCCCGAGAGUCCCAGGAAAUGACUGUCCAGAGAGCCCAGCAAGAUGUGAGGGAGGCCCGGGAAGAGUCCAGGCAGAAGCAGUUGGAGGUUGAGCACACCCAGAAGAUGCUGGAGGAGGCAAAACAACAGAACAAGGAGCUGCAAGUGCAUCUGCAGAACUUGGAGAGGAAAUGGAGUGGAUGGGAAGAAGUGGCUCAGCACAAUUCAGAAUUGCAGGCUUCUGUGCAUACUCUAGAGAAGGAAAAAGCCAGGCUGCUUGUGUCUCUGGAGGAGAAGAACCAGUGCUUCCGAAAACUGGAAGAACAGAACCUGGUGCUGAAAAAUCGUGUGUCUCGCUUAUUUUCUGCUCUUAAGCAGGCAGAGCAGCUCUGUUCUGAGCAUAGGAGGCAAAUGCAGGAGCUCAACACCCAGAUGCAGGCCAUGCUGCUGGCAGAGAUAGAGAAGACAGCUCGCCAGGCAACUGAAGAGAAGCAGCUGCUGGAAACUGAGGUGUCUGAGCUGCGUGUGAGGCUCCAGAGCUCUGAGGAAAGAGCAGAGGCCAUGGCCACACAGUGUAAGGCCAUGGAGCUGGGGCUGAGGAAGACACAGGCUCAGAGGGACAAUCUCAGAGCCUACAAUCAGGAGCUGCUGAAACAGCUGGAGCACAUUGAGCAAGAUUGGUGGAAGACACAACUCAAGCACAUUUCUCGAGAAAAUGCCCUGGAGAAAGAGGCCACUGAAAGACAGGAAGAGGCUGUGACUCUUCGUCAGGAGGUGGCAUCUCUGAAGAGGAAAUUGGAGAACCUGGAGAAGGAAAGGAAGGAUGUGCUGGUGGAACCUGAAAGGAGAAGAAUCAGAACUUUUAGGAGAGUGUUCCUCCCAGACUACAUUACGUUUCCUGUCCACGAGUCUGCCCAUCAAAAUCGGUCAACUUUUGAAAUGGAAGAGUCCUCCAGCAGCUAUGGGGAGCAGCAGCCCUCCUGCUGAUGCACAGCCUGUGGAGAAAGGGGUGUCCCUCUGCAGGCACAGCUGGCCCAAGACCGACAGGACCACCUGGAGAGCUGUGCAGGCAGCAGGCAGGAGACACGAGGUGCAGAAAGGACCUCCUUGCUUCCUGAAUGUCUCAGAGGAGGCAGGCUGCAGCUGGAUGCAGGCUUAGAUUUAGUCAGUAGUUUAUCUUUAUAGGAUAGCAUAGGUGCAAUUGAACCUUUACACAACUCUGUUCCAUAGGAUGUAAGAUAUAUUUAUAGAAAAAUAAAGAGUUUAUUAUGAUUAUGA